ACAGUCCCAACAGCAUUCCCCUCCUUCUCCCUAUUUAAACCCUAAACCAUUCUUUUUCAUUGCCACCCAAAUCUCUCUCCCUCUCUCUCUCUCUCUCUCUCUCUCUCGCUCGCUCUCUACAUACACACAUACACAUAUAUGAAAUGAAGAUGAGAUCAUCACUUGGUUUCAGAAACCCCACAUUUCUGCUAUUCAUCGUCUUCCUCGUCUGGUCGGCCCAUUUGAACGCCUGCAAUGCAAGAAAGCACCGGCAUUGGAGAGAAAAUAGAGGCUUCUCUGCUUCUCUGUACAAGAAGAAAGGGAAGAAUCAUGGAAGUAGCCACCGCCAUAGCAAAGGUGGUAAGUCCAAGCACAAGGCUCCUCCGCCGCCGCCUCCGCCAUUCACGGAAGCGCCGACGCCUCCGGCUGGCGGACCGCCGACAAAGGUUUCACCAGCGCCGGCGGGGAAGAAAGGUGCAUCCAGUGCUAGUGUGUUCAACGUGCUGGACUUUGGUGCCAAGGGAGAUGGAAUUUCGGAUGAUACAAAGGCAUUCGAGAAUACAUGGGCAGCAGCUUGUAAAGUAGAGGCAUCAACGAUCAUGGUCCCAUCCAAAUUCACUUUUCUAGUGGGGCCCAUUUCGUUCUCGGGUCCCUACUGUCAACCCAACAUUGUCUUUCAGCUUGAAGGCACGAUUAUUGCUCCCACGAGCUUCAAAGCUUGGGGUUCAGGUCUCUUCCAAUGGCUUCUAUUCAGCAAACUAAACGGAAUCACAGUUCAAGGAUCAGGCACCCUUGACGGAAGAGGCUCCAUAUGGUGGCAAAGUUCCCCAUUCGAUGACCCCAUAGACGAUGAAUCAAAGCUAAUUAUCCCGAUAAACAACACAGCUGAUAAAAAUCUGCCAAUCCCCAUAAGCAGUUCACUCUGGGGGAAAAUGCCAAGCAUUAAGCCAACUGCACUGAGAUUUUACGGGAGCUUCAAUGCAACAGUUACAGGGAUAACAAUUCAAAACAGCCCCCAGUGCCACCUCAAGUUCGACAACUGCAAAGGGGUUUCAGUGUUCAAUAUCACCAUCUCAUCACCCGGCAAUAGCCCCAACACCGACGGCAUUCAUUUACAGAACUCCCAGGAAGUGUUAAUCCGCAGUUCUAAUAUUGCAUGUGGAGACGAUUGUGUUUCUAUACAAACCGGAUGCACUAGUGUAUACAUACACAAUGUGAACUGUGGACCUGGGCACGGAAUCAGCAUUGGAGGGCUAGGAAAGGAUGAAACAAAGGCCUGUGUAUCAAACAUUACUGUUCGAGAUAUCAAUAUGCACAACACGAUGAACGGUGUCAGGAUAAAGACAUGGCAGGGGGGGUCAGGGUCCGUGCAACAAGUACUAUUCUCAAAUAUUCAAGUUUCUGAAGUUGAACUCCCAAUUGUAAUAGACCAAUACUAUUGCGACAAAAGUAAAUGCAAGAACCAAACAACUGCCGUGGCCCUAUCAGGAAUCACAUAUGAAAGGAUACGAGGAACUUAUACAGUAAAGCCAGUACACCUUGCAUGCAGUGACAGCUUGCCAUGUGUGGAUGUGACUCUUACUGACAUAAAACUAGAACCGCUACAAGAACAGUAUCACAUGUAUGAUGCCUUUUGUUGGCAAACAUUUGGAAUGUUGACCACUCCCACUGUGCCUCCAAUUGAAUGUUUACAGGUCGGCAAGCCAUCAAACAACCGGAUUCAAACUGAUCGUGAUUCAUGUUAAAGCUCAGCCCCCUAGGUAUAUUCUGGUGUAUUCAGUUGUGUGGUUGGCGUGUAUUUCCUGACCCCUUUCACACCAUUAUGCAGCGAGGUAAUCGUAAUGGUAGUAGCUGUAAAGAUUCAUCUUUACAAGGGUUACAUUGGUGACCAUUGAGCGAGCAUAAAGCAUUGUUGAAUAGCUAAGAGAUUGAUAGUAGAUAUAUAGCAGCCUUAGUCUGCUAAUGUAAUAUGUCCAUUGUCAAAUAGAUAUGCUUGCUUAUUUACAUUUAAA